CGAGAUUAGAGAAAGUUUAUAAAAAGCCCUGCCAUUAGCAUUCAGCAGCAUUAGCAAUCGGGAAGCAGUCAAGUUGAAACCACGUCGGGAUUAACGCCACCAGACUAACAACGAGUGGAUGCCCCAAGUGCAAACAGUUCCAAAGUCAACUCAAAUAUACCCAAAUCCCAGGAGAUUGCAUCGGAUCGGGUGAUAAUGCCCGAUAGUUGUACGGCGGACCUACGAAGUCGCCGCCGCGAAAAUCCAAUCGACCGCAACGGCAAUAUUGGCGGCACAGGCAAGGAGCAGGCGACAAGCACCAGGCCUAAGCUGACAACCGAAUAUACCCAACGGACUAACGAAAUGACUGCGAGCAAGGAAGGUCAAGAAUCCAGGCGAACCCUCAGCGACAGUUCCGCAGAGGACGUCAGGAAUACAGGAUCGAGGACCAGGACCAACGACGACGAAAUGUGGCGCAAUGAACUUGCUAUGAACACGGACAGCAGCUCCGUUCAGCCAGAAAAGCGAGAGGAACGAAGCCACAGAACAGGAAACUCUAAUGCGAAGCUCAGCGAUGCCGUAGAUGUUGUUCUUCGCGUUCUCCUCGUCAUUACCUUCUUCAAGUUGGAGACGAUGACAGCAUUCAAACGGGAAAUCCACGAGGAAGAGCUGUGGCUAUACAAGAACCCAAGGCGACCGGACAUUGUCAGGGGCGGGGAGCUGCUCUUCUGGGUGAUAGUGGCUCCCUUUCUGGUCACUAUCGCCUUCUACUGGUACACAAGAGACAGGCGGGACUUUAGAGCCGCCAGCUGGGCCUGGACACUGGCCCUGUGCAUGAACGGCAUCCCAACGAGCGUACUAAAGAUAACAGUGGGGCGGCCCAGGCCCGACUAUUUUUACCGCUGCUUUCCCGAUGGCGUGAUGGUGCUUAACACAACGUCAAAUGGCGUGGACACCUCCAUCCUGGAUUUCAAUUGCACAGGGCUUCCGGGCGACAUAAACGAAGGCCGCAAGAGCUUCCCCAGCGGACACUCGUCGUUCGCCUUUGCGAGUUUCGGUUUCAUUGCCUAUUACAUUGGCGCCAAGCUGCACGCCUUUGAUAGCCGGGGACGCGGCCACACCUGGCGGCUCUGCAUCGCUGUGAUACCUCUGUUUAUCGCACUGCUGGUUGCAGUUAGUCGCACCUGCGACUACCACCACCACUGGCAGGAUGUGACCAUCGGCGGGCUGAUUGGCCUGUUUGCAGGCUAUAUAAGCUACACACAAUACUAUCCCUCCAUCUUCUGCCCUGAUGCCGGCAUACCACUGGUCAGGUGGCCCAGCAGAGAGGGAAGCCAGUACCAGCGACUGUCUGGAAAGGACGACAAUGGCAGUCGUGGUCCCCACCAUCUCGAUGGUGGGGAUGCGGUGCGGAGACCUCUGCUCGCUGACAAGGAGGAGUCCAAAUGGUACUAAAAGCUUUACGUAAUAUUAUUGUGAGUGUUGCUUUCCCGUUUAAGGUUUUUAAACAUAUUAGACAAUUUCUGAUUU